GUCAUGUGACGGUCAUAUAGUACAACUCAGUCGGCGCACAGUCCAGUCUGAACGGUGCUGCUGCACUGCAUGGCGAGUCUCAAGGGCAAAACCUGCUCUGGCAACACACUGCCACGUCGGAUGCUACAGAUAAAAACAAUCCUCCUUGCGCCUUUUGAUUUGGGAUUAUAUUUGCUUUGAUUGAACAAGACAAAGUCAAUCUUGGCUGGAGACCUUGGAUUGUAGGACUGUUUCUCCCCCACUUUUUCCACCCCGAGGGAGUACACCAGGUGUUUCACUAUCUCACUGCAGUGGGAAGUGUGGCCUUGGUGACCUGGGUUUGUUUGGCCCAGCAUUCCCAGUAGCACAAGGACUAAUUAUCUCACAAAUCCUCCUAAAUACAGACUCCGAGUCCAACAGGAGACAGCCAUUUGGCACUAUCCAGGGAUGGUAGAUAACUCCCCAGUAAGCGAGGGGACUUGUCUUCCUUACAGUGGCUCUCCACAGGCCUACCAGCUGUCUGACAUGGUGACAGACCUGAGCUCCUACCAGGUGAUGCCGUCGCCUUUUUCUGAGGACGACCUGAGCGAGUCAUCCAGCCCUCGGUCCUGUUCCAGCCCGGACUCCCAGGUGCUCAGCUCCAGUUACGGCAGCAACUCUAGUGCUGAGAGCCAGGACAGCAUCCUGGAUCAUUUGCUGUCCAAGGCCUCCUUAGGUGGUGCCAACAGUGUGCUGGCAGGCUCUGUGGCACCUAUACCCUUAUCCACUUUUUUCUGGGAAUCACGGAGAGAUGAGCCCUCAAAACGCGAGACUGUAAAGGAGGAAAAUUUUGACUUCCUAACAUGGUCCAAUGUGGAGACAGAGGAACAACUUGGAGGGUCUUUUCAGCCUACACUGGAAGAGAUUGAGGAAUUUCUGGAGGAGAAUAUGGACGUGGUAACGAUGAAGCAGGAGAUCAGAGAGGGUUGUGCGGAGAUGGGAGUGGGAUUGGAGGAAGCUCUUGGUCUAGAAGUUGGUUUGGAGUGGUGCAGGGACACCUCCCCUGAGCCUAAGCUGGAGCCAGAGGCAAAGUAUUCAGACCAAACCGUCCCCACUGCUAGCACUGCUGGCCUGGCCACUGCUGCCUCCAGUGAGACCAAAACUACAUCAGUUAACCCCGCACAUGAAUCCAGCACAGAGGCCAAGAAGGCAUCAGCCAACAAACCCUCACCAGCAGACAGUAGCACAAACAGCAGUGGAAUGCCGGUUAUCCUACAGAUUCAGCCCCUUCACAUCAAGCAGGAGCCAACAGUAGCACCUCUCACCUCGGUAGCCCAGCCCCUGCCGCCUCCCUCAGCCUCAGACAUCAAAAUUGCACAGCUACUGGUCAACAUCCAAGGCCAGACCUUUGCCCUGGUGCCCCACAUCCUGCCCUCCCCCAGCCUUAAUAUCUCCUCCAAGUUUGUACGCAUUGCUCCUGUCCCCAUUGCAGCCAAGCCUCACGGGCUUGGGGAUAACUCAGCCAGCCAGGGAUCAGGGAUUCUUGUUGGAGGUCAAAAGUUCCAGAAGAACCCAGUGGCGGAUCUUAUCAAAAUGCACAAAUGCACUUUUCCUGGCUGCACCAAGAUGUACACCAAGAGCAGCCAUCUGAAGGCCCACCUGAGGAGGCACACGGGGGAAAAGCCUUUCGCCUGCAAUUGGCAGGGCUGUGGAUGGAGGUUUUCCCGGUCAGACGAGCUGUCUCGACACCGGCGUUCCCACUCAGGUGUCAAGCCCUACCAGUGUCCAGUCUGUGAGAAAAAGUUCGCCCGCAGUGACCACCUGUCAAAACACAUCAAAGUCCAUCGUUUUCCACGAAACAGCCGGACAGUUCGCUCAGCAAACUGACGCCCCCAUUCAGAUCACUGGCAAUGCUGGGAUCACAUAGCAGACAUAGGUUGCAGGAGCAUGGGGUGCGAACGUGAACGUACAGGUGUGUGCCCAAAUGUUUGCACCAUUGUACAGUCAGUUUGAAUAUGUGAGCAGAAGCAUGCCUUGCUUUUUGUUUCAGCUGUCUGUGAUUGUUCUAAUUUAUUGUAAAAAAGUAAACCAACAAAGUGACCAUCCUGUCUGUCAUCAGCUAAAGGUUGUUGUUGCUGUUGGUGCUUUGGUAUGUUGUACUCCUUAUGUUUGUUCUGUCCUUAUCACCUGCCUCAGCAGAAGAUAAGAUAAGAUUAUUUUCAUUCAGCCUGGAUUAUGUGAUAGCUUUGCUAAUAGUCUUGCGUAUCCAUUCUACCCGGAUCAAAACAAUUGCCUUUUAUCUUCUUGAAAUCUGCCAAUGUCUCGGACAUUCCUCAUCUUAUGCAAUGUUUGGGAAGCCAGAGGAAGUUCAUUUGGAUUCUCAUUAGCUACUACUGGAGUAGUUACUCUGCGCGGGUCCACAGAGGUUUCUCCUGUGAGGUUUUUCUGAUAGCUUUGUCCUAGUUUUUGCUGCCUUGCUGUUCAUUGACAGUAUGGUUGAAGAAUACCUUUAUUAUUCAACUUGGGGUUGAUGCACAGAGAGAGACUGGAGAAAUUUCACGGUAAACUACCAGGGCUCCUCUUAUAUUUAACAGCAACUUUAUAAACCUGCUGGGUCCUGAGGAUAGGAACAGCAGAGCAACACAAGAAGUGACAGUAACAAAUGUGAAAUGCAACUAAAAGGUGAAGCGCACAGUCAUUGUUCAGUUGGCCUUGAUCAGUGUUACAUGAUCUGUUUUAUGAAGCUAAUUCAUGUGUAUCUACUUGCUGACCUUCUAUUUGGAUUGCUUUUCUGGCCUUACCGUACCACAAAAUCCUUAGUGGAGAGCCAAGUGGUUUGGAAGGUUAGGCCUUACAGUGAUCCAUAUUUUAGUGGGGUGUGAAAGUGACAGUUUGGAUUUUUUGAAGUGGGGUUGUAUGGGGUACUUAUCCAUAGUGUAUGACAUACAGUAGAUGUCAGUCAAUGUACUGCUGUGGAGAGGUCAGCAACAAAAUGUAUUUUAGCCACCAAAAAAAAAAUCCCACCUAAAAAUCAAUAUCAGAUUAAAUGUAUGCUAUAUUAUUUUUUUUUGGCAUUAUCUGAUAUGCUGAUGUGCAGUGACUGAUAAUCAAUACCAAUAUCGAUACAUCCACUUUUUUUCCCCCAUCUAAUUUUAGUGACCUUAAAUGUAGUGGAAUUCACAUCAUAUUAUGCAUGCAUACUCUCCUGAUGAUGAAUCCAUUCGGAUGACCCACCAGCAGAUGGAGACAUGAAAUAGAAUGCUUUUCAAUGUAUGUUAUAUUGAUUCACUGUGCAAAAUGAGAAAAUGCAUGUUGGCUGAUGCUGAUAGGUCAUUUAAAAGCUGAUAUGGGCUGAUACCGAUGACAUGCCGAUACUAACAUGCAUCCCUGAUUGAGAGUAUUUUCACAAAUUUACCUUGAUGUCAGACAGUGAUUUCCAACAGGGAAAUUAAGCCGUUUUGUUGCUCUCUUCAAAGCCAGACUCCAUUGAGGAAAACAGUGAUUUAAUAUCACUGAACACAGGAGCUGCUGGUUUUCCCUUGCCUCGAACUGGUACUUAGUUUGUGUUAUUGUGUGACUUCAGUGUUUAAAGAGGUUCCAAUUCACCAAAGUCACACAAUAACUCAAACAAACUAACUGAUCGACCAGCAGCUCCUGAGUUCAGCUGCUAAAAUGACUGUUUUUCUCAGUGGAGUCUGGUGGCUAUGAUGAGAGCUUAGAUGUGAAACUGAAGCCAUAAACAGCUUUCCCAUUGGAACUGGCUGUCUGAUGGGAAGGUAAAGCAGUGAAAAUACUCAUCGUGUCUGUAAGGUGGGACUUUUUUUAGGAGGUUAAAAUGCGUUUUUUUGCCCGCCCCACAGUACAUUGCUUAGUUUCCGUUGCAGUACUACUGCCUGCUUCUCAAAACUGAGGCCAUGCCAACAGACAUCUAAUGUAGAUAAUAUACUGAUUAUGGAUAAGUACUCCAUACAACCCUGCUUCAAAAAAAUACAAACUAUCCCUUUCAGUGACGGUUAAGGAGGUGUCAUAAUAUGGCCCAUGUCAGUCAGUUCAUACCCACGGAACUGAAUGUCUCAGUCUGCUAUUACUAUUUGAACAAUUAUUUUGCUGACGACUUGACACAAACUCUGCCUCAGCUCUGCUUUAUCUGUUACUGAAGACACCCUGACAGCCUUUGACCUCAGCCGGCAGUAACGUUAUUUUGAGGUGACAUCAGCGGACACACUACACACCAUGGUGCUGAACUACCAGGACAAUGAGCUUCUGGGAAAUGUAGUCACAACAUCCCUUUUGAGGCCAUGAUACACUUUGUUAUUGCUCUCAAACAUUGUCUGCUGUGUGUAUCAUGCCCCGCUGUGAAUAUGUAGGGGCGUGAUGAUGCCAUCCAUGCCUAAUUCAUGUAUGUAAACAGACAACAAGCAGGGGUACACAACAUUGUACAUCAUUCCUUUCAUUCAAUUUUUGAAUUUUUAAUGCUUGUGUGAACACAGGUGUUUUAUUGCAUCCUAUGAAUGUAUGUAAAUAUGCAGGAGUGUACAUUGCUGCAUCCAGGAAACACACAGAGACUAUUCUGAUACCAUAUCUUAAAACAAAUCAGUGGUUGUGAAGAUUUCUCGUGUAAACCCUAAAUGUGUACAUAACGUAACGUUUCAGUACAUAUGAAUAUAUUAUAUUUUUUCUUUAUUCUAUCCAAGAUGCAUUUACAAAUAAAACUGAAAAGA